UUUGGAAGUGUUUUGUUAGCGGCUCAGUUAGAUUUUGUGUAAGCUUGCAUUUCUAAUAGAAUUCGCAAAACAAUGCCUACAGUAAUUGCCUUAGAUACAUCGCUUUCGAUGCAAUCUUGUAUAACUGAUGGAAGUGGAUUAACAUAUCACCAAUUGGCAUCUGAUGCCAUAAGGCAGUUGUUAAAGUAUUUAACGCGUAACUCUAAACUGGAACAAGUUUGUUUGGUUUGUUUUUCUCUAACUGCGGAGUUGAAAGUCGACUUCACUCGUGAUUAUAAACUAAUACGCAAGGCAGUUAAAAACGUUGAAAUAUCAACAAAGUCUAAUGUGUUGGGUUUGCUACAAUUUGUUGGACCCCUAAUUAGUAAAACUUGGAGUUUGGAUAGCUACUGUCAUGUUGUUUUGUUUACUGAUUGCCCUAUUGGCUUUCGAGACAAUUUGUUACAAAGUUAUGCAGAACUUAAGAGCAAAACUGGUGAUAAGGAUCCUUGGUUGAAAUUGUUUGAAAAAACUAAAAUUAAUUUAGUUGGUUUGAGUCUUAACAAAAAGUAUAACAAAAAAUUUUUGCAAGUGUUAAAGCUCUACAAUUACUUUUUUGAGUCUUGCGGUUUAAAAUAUAAAAUAUUUACUCCAAUAUAUAUCAAAGAUAAAGAUAAGAAUUAUGCAAGUGAUCAUAAAAGACGUCGCAUCAAUACUAAACUUUCUGGAUCAAAUUCAUUGCAAGCAGAUAAGAUGAAUGAGCAAAUUCGUUCUUCAAUGUGGAAAAUGGUACACGAUCUUUGUGUGACCAAUUACAAACCAAUGGAAAUACUGUUGAAAUGUGGCAGCUAUUUCCGUCUGGAAUGUCCCAUUACCUUGUGGCCACAAUUUCCAUCUUACUAUGGUUUUGAUGUUGGUUCUUGUUGUUUAAUGUCCAGAUUAGAAGUGUGUGGCUAUUUAUCGAUAGCGGAUAUUGGUUCACCUGCUUCAUUGAGCCGUCACGUAAUAUUACCAGUGCUAAAUAAACAAGAUGAAUUAGUUCUAGUUGACGGCAAAUAUAAAUAUGCUUCUCAUCGUAAUGAUCUUGAACUAUUGGAAAAUGAUAUGCGCAACUUUUACAUAAGAGACGAGGAUUGCAGUGAUGAUGAGAACGCAUUUAAAUUGGGUGCACCAUUACCAAAACCACCAACUGAAAAGGAAUCUUUGAUUGUGUUGUUGUAUAAGGCAUGCAAAGCGGAUAAUGUAGCUGCACUUGUCUUACUUAAUGAUAAUUGGUAUGCCUACAUAUUCGUCUGCCCUGAUAGUGACAUAGAACAAAGUUUACUUCUGAAUGUAUUACCACCAGGAAAUAAUGUUAUACCAUGGCUUGGUGAUCUACGUUCGCUUUGUAUUCGCAAUGAUCCCGAUGAAGUAAGCUCUUCCUCAGAACCUAAUAAUCCUUGGAAAAAUUAUAGGGUUUGGUUAACGCAAUCAUCACUUCAUUCGAAUAUUGAGAAAUUAUUGACACAUGCAAAGAAUAUGCCUGAAGAAACACAAAGUUUCUUCACCGAACUAAAUCUCAUACGUUUUUCUGCAAUAGCUUUAGGGUUUAUUGAUCUAUUUGAAGCAUUGGCUAAAUUGUUUGAAAAGGAAUGUGAACAUGUAUUAGUCAAAUCGAAUCCUAUAUGUGUACUACAACUAACACAUGCAGCUGCUCAACUACGUAGACCCGAAAAUCUUGAUCACACAAAACCCAUUUUUCCAGCGGCAACUCUUACAGAAGUCAAUGCCAACAAUUCAAAUGCAUCAAUGAAUAAUAUUGCAUCUAAUGAAAAUCCUGAGGCAGUGGUAAGUCCUGAAACAGUGGUAAACCCUGAAGCAAUGGUUAAUCCUGAAAGAGUCGUUAAUCCUGAAAAAGUGAAAAAUCCUGAAACAGUGGUUAAUCCUGAAGCUGUCGUUAAUCCUGAAACAGUGGAAAAUAUUGAAUCUAUGCUUGUUACUCACGCAUGGAUGAAUUUUAAUUAAA